AUGAAACGCACACUGAAUACUCAUGAACAACACAUGUCAUUGAUAAUCACUGAUAAUCAUAAUCAUAGAAGUGAUGAUGUCGAUGAUAAAGGAGUACCAGUGGAGGAGUUCCUGCAAAUUGGUGAUCAUAAGUCAGAGAUACAGGAUGCACGAAUGUGCAAGUCGUCAGUAUACGUUGGUGUUGUAAAUGAGGUUGAUCUGAGACGUCUCAUGAGACCGAAUGAAAUUCGACUUUACUACGCACGACCUCUAACGAUCACCAGUCUAAUGGAAGUACGAUUGCAAACAUACUUCGUCGCUAUCUUAUCGCAAAAUCACAUUUUAUCUCACUCAAAACCACUUCAAUAA